CACAUCAAUGAAAAACUAGGGUUUAAUUGUAACAAUGUGAUUUCAUAUCAAUUGAUGCUAAUUCUGCUUAAUUUAUGCUGUUUUUUUAAGCUAUAUCUUUAUCUUUAUAUGUUCUUUAUCUGUAUCGAUCUAAAUACUAGCUAGUUUCUGUCAUGAUAGUAAUGUAUGUGUGGGACACAGAUUUUAGUCCUCUUCUCGGUGUUUAGGUUGCGGUGUACUCUGUUGAUUAAUAUUUUGGGUCCUGGAAAUGUCGUUUAGGGGUUUGGUUGCACUAAUGAGUCUGGUUGGGUAAAUCACACCAUCAUCCUAUGAAAACACGAUGUAAUUAGUAUAUAACCUAACCAAACGAAAGAUCAUUAGUAUGAUAAAUUGCAACAAAUAAACGGAAAACAACAACACCAGCUCCGGUGCUUUUUUCUUUCAUUCCAUACAAAGUUAGUGAAAACAAUACGUACUUCGUACGCCUUCUAUAUAUAUUAUGUUUUAGCGCAUAUUUUUACAAGCAUGUUUAUGCCAGUAGCAGUCUCCCUUAUCAAAAUUAACACAGCACCAACAACUUUACCCAGACUUGCAUAAAAAAGGAUAACAAAAUUUAAUAUUCUUCUCAUCAGACAUAAAGUGGCUCGCCAAUUCUAGUAUGAUUAUCACCAUGCUCCGCACCUAGAUUAAAACAAAUAUAAAGUAUGAGUGCAUAUGUAUGUGUGUGUGUCCUGCACAUAGAUUUACACUAGGGAUGAUGAAUUGCUUGCGGUCAGUUGUCACAAACUGAGUAAAGAAGACAAGUUGAAAGAGUGCCAGAUCUUUAAAAAGCCUUAAAGUUUUCAUUUUAUUUUGCUAUAAUUGUCGCUGGAAUGAACUCAACUAAUAGAUUUGCUUACAAUAAAUGUAAUUUAACGCCAGUUGCAACUUGAACAUUAAAGUCAAACCUCUACUAAUUUCUCUUAUGCUGUAUCUCUAGGUUAUGUGUUUUUGUCAUUUUUUCUUUUAUAAGUAAAAGAAGUCCAAAUUUUAGCUCGCUUAUCUCAAACAAAUAUAUUGUCCCUCUCUCCAUUUGCAUCUUGCUUGCACUUUGCAUCUCUUUUAUGAGUCGCGCAUCUCAUUGAAGGGGAUGCGCCUCAGGGUAGUCGAGGCACAUUAGUUUUGCCUUGUGCACCCUGGCGCAAUAUUAACAACAGUGGCUAUAUAGUGGUAUUAUUUCUAUGCAGUUGAGUCACCUUAUGGGAGAGGAUGAAGUUGUUUGGAUUGCAAUUCUCUAGAAGAGAACAAUCUCAAUUUCAAUAAUGCCAGCCUCAAAGGAAAAAAGAAGCAUCUUGAGAAAGCUUAAGAGAAAAGAAUGGCCAAGCAUCAUCCUGAUUUGAUUAUGUGCCGUAAGCAACCAGGAAUUGCUAUAGGACGGUUAUGCGAAAAAUGUGAUGGCAAGUGUGUAAUAUGUGAUUCAUAUGUUCGGCCUUGUACACUUGUUCGAGUAUGUGACGAAUGCAAUUACGGAUCUUUCCAGGGGCGGUGCGUUAUAUGUGGAGGGGUAGGAAUUUCUGAUGCAUAUUACUGCAAAGAGUGCACUCAGCAGGAAAAAGACAGAGACGGGUGUCCCAAAAUUGUCAAUUUGGGAAGUGCUAAAACAGAUUUAUUCUAUGAAAGGAAGAAAUAUGGAUUCAAGAAGAGAUAAUUCUCGGUGAUAACUAAUAACCCUUUUUUAGCUUUAUGAAAAAGAAAAAAAAAAAAAAAAUCUUCUAUGAUGAAGAUGAAAUGAAAACUUAAGCAUAAGACUUUGCCGAGGCUCGUUCUAUUUGCAAUUAUUCCAUAUCAUUCUGUUAACAUCUUUGAGUUUGGCAAAGUUGUACCAUAUUCGUAGUUAUUCCAUUUCCUUCUAUUAACAUCUUCGAGUUUGGCAAAGUUGUAGCACUCAGUUUAAUUAUGUAUUUAUUGUACUUUAACCAGCCCUGCAUGUUGCAUUGUGAGAAUCGAUGAUGAGCUUUGUCUCGAGAAGCUAGUCAUAUUGUUUUGUAAUACA